GGAAAACUCUAACAACAAUUUAGCAGUUUAAUCCAGUUUUAUUCAGUUCAUUGUGAAUCCAUCAGCCCUUAGGAAAAACCUCCAAACUUCUAAUUUUACAUUCAUGGCAAACAGGCACAAAUAAAGGACUGGAGACCUUAAUAAUGGUCUCAAGCAAUUCACACAUAUUUAUUUCUGCAUUUUAGAAGCUUCAAGCCAGGGAGUGAAAUCCGGACAGGUUGUUAUAGCUACGCAAUCCACAGGGGUUCCGAUGUCUAUUUAAAACCCCUCAGACCCUCCCUCUCUCUCCUUUAAACAACAUUAUAUAUCACACACACUGCAUGCUAAUGCGACCAAUUCUCAAUGAGCACUAAAACACAUCUUAAAAUUGUCUGAGUUCAAACAGCCUGACUAAGGCAACGCAGGGAACAUAUCAUCAGAAUUCCCCCUUUGGCAAUACCUGCUGAUUGGGUCCUUAAAAAAAAGCAAGCUGCUUUUAACUUUUAAUAUUUGGCUCCCGAGUUCUGCCACGAGUAGUCGCGAAAGAUAGAUUCUCCUUCAGUUUUCUCUGGAGAUAGAGGAUAAAAGUUAAGAAAUCCAUUAGAGCAGAGUCGUUUUUUUCUGCUCUUCAGUUAAAAUCUCUGUGCGCGUAUGAGCGCGCAUGUAGGCAUUCUGCUGGAGAUGUUUUGCGAAACUUUAAGGAUGAUAUACCUUGGAUGUUUCCUGUUGCUCUGUGGGCUUACGCAUGUCAUGGCAAGUUAUCCCAUCUGGUGGUCACUAGCUGUGGGCCACCAGUACUCAUCCCUGGGUACUCAACCUAUCCUGUGUGGCAGCAUCCCAGGUCUGGUGCCCAAACAGCUGCGUUUCUGCCGGAACUAUGUGGAAAUCAUGCCCAGUGUGGCUGAGGGGGUGAAGAUUGGCAUCCAGGAGUGCCAGCACCAGUUCAGAGGCCGACGCUGGAACUGCACCACUGUCAAUGACAAUCUGGCCAUUUUCGGGCCAGUGUUAGACAAAGCCACUCGAGAGUCAGCAUUUGUUCAUGCCAUCGCCUCAGCAGGAGUGGCAUUUGCGGUGACCCGUGCCUGCGCCGAGGGUUCAGCCACCAUCUGCGGGUGUGACACACGCCACAAGGGCCCCCCUGGUGAGGGAUGGAAGUGGGGCGGCUGUAGCGAGGAUGUAGAGUUUGGGAGCAUGGUGUCCCGGGAGUUUGCUGAUGCCAGGGAGAAUCGCCCCGAUGCACGCUCAGCCAUGAACCGCCAUAACAAUGAGGCGGGAAGAAUGUCCCUCAACGACAACAUGUUUCUGAAGUGUAAGUGCCAUGGUCUUUCGGGUAGCUGUGAGGUGAAGACAUGCUGGUGGUCUCAGCCCGACUUCCGAGUCAUUGGUGACUACAUGAAGGAUAAGUAUGACAGCGCAUCUGAAAUGGUUGUGGAGAAACACAAGGAAUCCCGUGGAUGGGUGGAGACCUUGAGGCCCAAGUACAACUACUUCAAGCCCCCAACAGAACGUGACCUGGUUUAUUAUGAAAGCUCGCCCAAUUUCUGUGACCCUAAUCCUGAGACCGGCUCCUUUGGCACCCGCGAUCGCAUCUGCAACCUGACGUCCCACGGCAUAGAUGGGUGCGACCUCCUCUGCUGUGGAAGAGGUCAUAACACCCGGACUGAGAAGCGAAAGGAGAAGUGCCACUGUAUUUUCCACUGGUGCUGCUACGUCAGCUGUCAGGAAUGUGUGAGAGUCUACGACGUGCACACCUGCAAAUAGGGGUUGUGCGGCUCUUGUCUUUUCUCACCAAAAUCUUCAACAGGCAGAAGAACAAAUACAUGAACUUUUCUACAAGACAUGAGAGACUGUGAACCUGUCUGACCUGUCCAUGGACUCCAGCGGCAGACUUGUGUUUUGUGCUGUGACGCUAAGAAGAGCCAGUCUCUGUCUUAAUCAACAGGAACAGCUGGGUAGAUGUUGACAUCACAAAGUGUCACCCACAUGAACUGAGAAGGUGGUGAUCAUGACAACCUUGUUGGUAUCUAUAGCAAUGACUAAAGAGUUUUCAUGUACUGAUGUAGGAAAGGAGAACUGUCAGCUAAUUGACAAACACCAUAUUGGUGAUUUUUUUUUUCCUGUGUGCUAAGUAGUUACUUGUGUUGAGAAUAGUACAGCACUGCCAAUGCUUUUAAGUCUAUGGGGCAAACAAUGAAAAUGUCACAUUUUCUUCAAUGUUUAAUAAUCACUUGUUUUUGCCACAAAACGUGACAACAUUUAUGAGCAAUUUACACGAUCAGACACUCAACAGCAUGCAUUCUCCUCAACAUUGUUAGUGUGUAUGUGUAUAUCUGAAAACUAACAUUAUCAUUGUGUGUGUGAGUAUUUGUUUUUAUAGUGUUAAUGUGUUACUGAUGUUUUGGGUAAGAAUGCACUUGCACCUGAGUGAAUGUAGUUAUUAUGCUGUAAUGUGUUUACAUGUUCACAAAUUCUUAAGCUAAUGAGUUAAUAUCUGCUUUAAAUUACUAAUUUUAUCUGAGAGUAGACAUGAGCCACAUCCACUGAACAUCAGCAAAACAAGAACAUACACAGUCUGCACAUUUCAUGAAAACACCUGAAAACACUGGAAGCUUUUCUCUUAAGAGUAACAAUGCUUUGAACGACCAAAGACAAGAAAAGAACCCCCCCCCCCCAUUAGUCUGUGGUGGUCAAAGAGCUGUAAAUGAAUCUGAAAGGUCAGCACUUGUGUCCUGUUGAGAAAUAUGAAGCAUGUUCUCCAUGUUUUUUUUUUAUAUCAGUAUUAGCAUCGUCUCAUGUGACUGGGUGUGGGGAAAACUGUUAUUUAUAAAAGGGAUAUUCCCACUUUUUUGUUUCAUUUACACAAAUAUAAUAUUCUUUUAUUUUGAUAUUUGAUCAGAUAGAAGUAAAUUCUGUGCUCCCUGAGAAAAACACACACACACACAAAUGGCAAAUAAACCGCGUACUAAGCUGUAUCAUAUAAGCUCUGUGUAAUGCAGUAUAAUUUGCAGUUGUAGUAAAAUGACCAAACCUGUGCAUGUGAUGAUUCUCAGCUGUGGCUUAUUGUUCCCCAAACUAAACAACAAGCAGCAUCACUGAAACUAUCAAUACUUCCCUUAUUUUAAUGCUGCUAAGUAAAGAUAAUAUGUGUAUGUGUGUAUGUAUGUGUUUAGGUUCUUACAUAAUGUAUGUCUUUGUCUAUCUGUGUUAUAUGUAUAUUCUUGCAUGUAUUGAUUCUUUCUGUGAAAGAAAUAUAUUAUAUAUAGUUUUGAGGAAAAAAAUGUGAAGUUUUGACUAAUUCUUACAUACAGUAAUUCCCAUUUAACCAAAUAGACCAAAAUAGAGUUUAUGUUGUUUUAGUUGUUUAUGGAUUAUGUAGUCAUGCCAAACCAUCAGGGCAAAAAUGAUUCAUGUUUCUCUCCCUUUAUUUUAGAAGAUGAAAUAUCCAACACAGUAUUUAUUUAUUUGGAAAGUGAGAAACUACUGAAAGCUGAGACAAAAAAUUGUAACAACGUAGUGUUUUUAAAAAAGUAUUGUUGACUAUGUAAAGUCACUGAUGAAUUAUUGUUCACAGCCGAUGUAAUGCUAUGUCUCAGGCAUGUGUAGUUUUCAGAUUUUAAUCAAAAUUGCCCACCCAUUACUUUACAUCAUGACUGAAAAUAUUAAUGAGCAGCCAUAACCAAUUUCACAUUUAAGUCAUUGUUAAUAAACUACACAGCAACCAUUAUCAGUAAAAGAUCUGUUAUCUUGCAUUUGUUACUGUACACUUUAUAUGUGACUGAUUGCUUGUGUGGACAAUUUGCUUAUGUUCUAAUUUUUUCUUUGUUAAAUCCAAAGUUUUGUACAAACUAGUUUUUGCAUUUUUAUGGGUUUCUAAAAUUGGAUGUUUUUUAUAAUUAUUUAUUCAUGCUAUGUACAUAUUAGUAAGUAAAAAUAUAUAUUUGCAGAAAAACUUUUUUUGAAACAGUGUUUUGACUUGUAACACUGUAGCCUUUUUACCUCAUAUCUGUUUUUUCACUGACUGCACACAGGUAUUGUUUGUCCUGCUGCCUGUAGUAGAUUUCUAAAGUUAACUCUUUAACACCAAAAUAAAACAACAUAAACAACCAAA